CUACGACUCCAUCCUCACCCGCGCCCUCGCCGCUUCCACGCACACAUUCCCGCCCAACACACCGCGGCCUCACCACACGGACCCGGCGCAUGCUCGCUGCCGCCUGCCGCGCCUCGUCGUCGCAGCAGCAGCAGUAGGCGCCUCGCCGGGCAGGAGCGUGUGUGGGGCACACCGCGCCAGCCAUGUCGCUCCCGUCGGCGCCGCCGCCGGCGCCCGGCAGCAGCAGCGGCAGCAGCGGCGGCGGCGCCGGUGGUCUCGGCGCACCGCCCGCCGGCGCCUCGUCGAUGUUCUCCCUCUCCGAAUCGCGCUUCCUCGCCGACUCGCUCGCCUCGCUCGCGCCCUCGCUCUCGCCGCCCGCCGCAGGCAGCAGCAGCAGCAGUGGCGGCGCCAGCUUCUUUGCGCCGCCGCUCGGCAUCGGCAGCCAGCAGGUGGACCACUUUGAUCCCUUCACGCUCAACGCGCCCUCCUUCUCCGGCGCACCGCCUUCCUUCCACCCACAUCCACACGCCCCUCCGCCGCCGCCGCACGCGCACUCGCACUCGCGCAGCACGAGCGACCUCGGCGUGCCGGGCGGACACUGGUCGCAGUCGCCGCACAUGCUCGCCGAGCCCACGCCGCCGCAGCCGCCGCGACGCGCCAGUAUCUUUGAGCACUCGUGGCUCGCGCCCUCCAAUGGCGCCGGCAGCGGCGGCGGUGCGCAGGCGAUGCAGACCGACGAGGCGGGCAUGCCCGCCGGCGCGGGUGCGGGUGCCAGCGGCGGCGGCGCAUAUGGUCGCUCGCGCGCCUGGCAGCAUGCUCAGCUCGAGGCGCUGCAGCGCGAGCGCGAGCGCUACUUGGCGCACGCAGCAGGCGCCAGUGGCAGCGGCAGCAUGGCGCCGCCCGCUCAUCCGCCAUCACAGCCGCAGCCGCAGCAUCCCGGCUACAUGGCCCAUGCGCCCACGCCGCCGCAUCCGCCCGGCCCGCACGGCAGCGCCUAUGCCGCCGCGCUGGCGCGCUACGGUCCCGCUUCCGCACAGGCGGGCGCCGCCGGGCCAUCGCGUUUCUUCGCUGGGCACCUCGUUCCGGGCCCAGCAUCGACGCUGUCGAACAGCUCGAACGGCAGUAUAGGGCCGAGUGCGCCGAAUGACUUGGGCAUCCUUGGCCUCGCCUUUCCCUCUUCUCACUCAUUCCCUGCGCCGCCCGACGCUGCAGGCAACGCGCAGCAGCACGGCAUCGGCGCCUCUGCCUCGUCCUCGCAGCCCGCAGCUGCCGAGGCGAGGGAACGGCCGAGCUCGAGCGAGGGCACGGCAUCGAAGAAGCGCGCCAAGAGCUCAAAUCGCGCCGGCAUCUCUGCCUCGGCCUCUGCGGGCAACCUCAUUGCCAGCAGCAGCGGCAGUACCAGCGCCGGCGCCAGCGCCGGCACGCUGCAGCCGCCGCGGACGAGUGCCUCGCCUACCCCUGCACCGCCGGCGCCGAUGCCGCCCGCCGUCUCGCUCGACCUCGACUCUGCGUUGCGCGUGCUGCCCAGCACGCUCCACGGCGCCUUCGUCUCUUCCCAUCUCACACGCCUGCAGCCGCAUCUCGAGCCCUUGCGGGCCGCACGGCGAGCCGAGCGGGCGGCGCGCGUCGCGGCGGGAGACACGGGCGAGGAGAAAAAGAAGGAGAAGCAGCCGCACGUGCUGCUGACCGAGGCCGAGAAGAAGAAGAACCACAUUGCCAGCGAGCAGAAGCGCAGAGCCAACAUCCGUAAGGGCUACGAGAGUCUCUGCGCCCUAGUGCCAGGCCUGCAGGGGGAGGAAGAGGAGGAAGAGGAGGAGAACAAAGGCGGCACAGGAGGAAGGAGCGAGGCCGUCGUGCUGCAUCAUUCGGUAGAGCAUCUGCGCCACGCCCUCUCGGAACAUCGUGCGCUCGUGCUGCGUCUAGACGAGGCGCGCAUCAGGCUGGCGCGCAAGCAUGGCGUGCACAUCGACGCAGCCAAACGCAAGGCUGAGGCGGAUGAGGCGAGCGCAUCCGGCGCGCCGAAGAAGGAGGACGCCGAUGGCGUGCAGGAGAUGCAGACGGGCGCGUAAGCAGCCGCGUGUGCCCAUCGAUGUCCACGCCGCCGGCAGUGCCUUCGCCGCACGACCCUGCGCUCGAUCUUGACACUGCACGCAAUAGCCCUCCCGCCCUGCUCCCCCCCC